CCGCCGGAUUCCAACUCCGCCGCCGUCGCCGCCGCCGCCGAGCCUUGGGCCCUGCGCGCAUCCCGGUUCCCCCUCACGGUGGCCCCUGCAUCCAUCCAUCCAUCCAUCCAUCCCGACGACGAAGCCGCCGCCGACCCCUCCCCACCCCAGGUAACAUUCUACUGUACCGAGCACAUUGAAAGAUGGUUAACGCAAUCAAGGGGCUGUUCAUCUCCUGUGAUAUACCAAUGGCUCAGUUCAUUGUUAAUAUGAACGCCUCAAUGCCCGCAUCGGACAAGUUCAUCGUGCACAUCCUUGACCCCACGCACAUGUUUAUCCAGCCUAAUAUGGGAGAUUACAUCAAAAGCAAGAUGGCGGAGUUCAGAGACCAGAACAGCUACGAGAAGCCAACGUGAAGGGCCACCAUCCAUUACCGCGGUGCUAGCCUCAACAAACUCCAUCCAGGGAACCUAUGUUGAUCAUGGCUAUGUAGACUGGUUAUAUAUAUGCUGAGACUGAACAUUAUGUUUCGCUCGUGAUGUUCUGGAAUGACUGUUCUGUACCAUCGCAGAGUUUUGCGUCUUAUGUAUCUUGGGAGUGAGCCUUUAGCUGAUAAUAUAUUUCUGGUGAUGUUGAUCGUGAUACCGUGCGCUGAAUAAAGUACCACUUCUUAUGUA